AUGGAGACGAGCAUUCCAUCAAUGUUGAUUCUUAUGGUUACAAUGUUAUCAUGUUCCUGGUGUGCCACAGCCGUGCAGCAUUGUGGGAAUUGUGGCCUUACUCCGGUGCCAUAUCCACUAAGCACCGGGCCUGAUUGUGGCAACCAGCAGUACAAGCUCAGGUGUACAUUGGGAAAAUUGUGGUUUGAUGCUCUAAACGGAUCAUCCUACCUGAUUACUUCCAUUAACCCAAUACUCCGACGGGUAGUUAUCAGACCUGCAAGCCUAGCAAAUAAGACUUGCAUCUCAAGUGAUUUUCAUAGCCAAGGAAUCCAGCUCAAUCGCAAUCUUCCCUUUAGCAUCACUAGUAGUAACACCAUUUUGUUGCUUAAUUGUAAGAAUGAAAUGUUACACUUGAAACCUCCCAUAGAUUGUGCAACUGGUAGCAUUUGUCAUAACUAUAUUAAAGAGAACGCCGCAGCCUGUGCUAGUGCACCACUGUGUUGUACAUUCAAGACUGGUGGCUUACAAAGUGCGCAUAUGAUUAAGGUCUAUGAUGGAGGGUGUGGAGCAUAUCAGAGCUUCGUCAACCUGGAUGUUAAGAAGGUGGGAGCGAUCGAGAAAUGGCCUGAGCCUGGCGUGGAGAUCGAAUGGGCGUUGCCAAAGGAGCCGAUUUGCAUGAUCCCAGUAGACUGCAAGGACUUGUUGUACUCAAAAUGUUUGCCUGAUCCAAUCAGCUUAGGACAGAAAAGGUGCUUCUGUGAUGCUGGAUUUAAAUGGGACCCCAUCAACGGAUUGUGUCAAAAUUUGAAGUGUCGUCCUGGAAAAGUAUGCAAAAAAAGAAAGAAAAAGACAGCUGUCUUUGCGGGCGCAGCCGUUGGAGGGGCUGCUGUCCUAGUCAUGGUCCUCGGUGGUGUUCUAUUCUUCAAGCAGCAAAAUCGGUCCAAAAGAGCCCAAAAGAAUUUGAUAAAAGAGCGGAAAGAGAUGUUAAAUGCCAAACAUAGUGGCAAAUCAGCCAAAAUCUUUACAGGAAAGGAGAUAAGAAAAGCCACCAACAAUUUCUCCAAAGACAACCUCAUUGGCGCUGGUGGUUUUGGUGAGGUCUUCAGGGGCAUUCUUGAUGAUGGAACGGUAACAGCCAUCAAACGAGCCAAGCUCGGAAACACCAAAGGCAUUGAUCAAGUUAUUAACGAGGUUCGAAUUCUUUGCCAGGUGAAUCAUAGAAGCCUUGUAAGACUCCUUGGCUGUUGCGUCGAGCUUGAGCAACCUAUCAUGAUUUAUGAGUAUAUCCCUAAUGGAACCCUCUUUGAGCACCUUCAUUCCCACCAUUCCGGCAAGUGGACUCCACUCAACUGGCAACGGAGGCUCCGCAUUGCACAUCAAACUGCUGAAGGUCUAACCUAUCUCCACUCUGCAGCCGUGCCUCCCAUUUACCAUCGUGAUGUGAAAUCCAGUAACAUUUUACUUGAUGAAAGACUCAAUGCCAAAGUUUCUGACUUUGGGCUUUCUAGGCUGGUGGAGACAAGUGAAAGCAAUGACAGUCAUAUCUUCACUUGUGCUCAGGGAACCCUUGGUUAUCUUGACCCAGAAUAUUACCGUAAUUUUCAGCUGACAGAUAAAAGUGAUGUUUAUAGCUUUGGAGUUGUUUUGCUGGAGGUGUUGACUUCUAAGAAGGCCAUUGAUUUUAACCGAGAAGAAGAAAAUGUGAACUUGGUGGUUUACAUGAAGAAUGUAAUAGAGGAAGAUAGAUUGAUAGAAGUUAUUGAUCCAGUGCUUAAGGAAGGCGCCAGCAAGUUGGAGUUGGAGACGAUGAAGGCAUUGGGAUCCUUGGCAGCAGCUUGCUUGGAUGACAAGAGACAGAAUCGACCUUCAAUGAAAGAAGUUGCAGAUGAGAUUGAGUACGUCAUUAGUAUUGCAACUAGCAAGGUGUCUAAAACCUAG